GCCGAGGGUUCAGCUCAGUUCUUGAACGACUGCUGGCCGUGUUGGUAGCAAAACGCGGAACGCCACUUGAAACGUGUUAAACGCCGGAGACGAGUGUCGGAGGCGGCAGACGACGCGUUUGCUUUGGAAAGACGUUACUUUGUUCGGUUUAUGGACAUUUUUGUGAAAUGCAAAACAAAGUUCAAAGCCAAAAGCAAGUCACAUUCACACACACGCACACAAAAGUCAACGGAGAGAAAUUUAAUUUUUGAAUGCGAUUUGGAAAUUAAUUGGCAAGAAAAAGGCAUAAGUGAUGGCAAAUUAAGCGGGCUCUACUAUAAAGAAAUCGCUUCAAGAAACAAGUUUAAAGGUGCAACAACAACAACAACAACAACAACAAAUGAAACGAAACUAAUAAUUUAAUUGAAAUCAAUACAAAGUGCAUACAAAAAUUGUGUAUAAGCAAAUAGAAAACAAAAUCUACACAGAAAAUAUAAAUCAAACAAGGCGUUUAAUAGGACGUAAAGUCUUCAAAGAGCUCAACGGCAAUUCUCUGCGUGGACAAGGAAGCUCGUGUCUGAAGCGCUUUUUUAGAGCCAAGCCAUGAGGUUGACGUUGCCCCGUGCCUGAUACCAAGCCAGCUAUAGCCAGCAGCAAACCCUUAGCCCCAAGACCAACAAUAUGUUCAGUCUGUUGAGCAGCUCCCAGAUCUAUGGCCUGCCGCAAGCAACAACAACAACGGACCAAACAACAUCCCCGGACGAGAACAGUGGCCAGAAGAAGAGCAACAGCCUGCCCCAUAAGAAUCACAAGCCACAGCAAGCAGCAGCCGCACAUCGGCGAUCGACGAGCAGCCUCAGCGACACGGGCGGAAAAUUCUUUGCCAAUUUGAGCGCCAAAUCUCCCAGUCAGUUCAUUGAAAAGUUUAUCAGAAGCGAGCUCCUCAACGGUUACGAUACGCUCAAGUGCCAGGCCGGCGGCGGCGGCGGUGGCAAGUCCCCGACAGAGAAGGACAAGGAGAACAGCGCACUUUACACAAAUCUGCAAACGGAUUGGGGUAGCUUCAAUUGCCUGCAGGGCAGCUAUCGCAGUCACGGCGACGGCGAGUUUUAUGAGGCCGUGCAGCUCAAAUCCCCCAGCUCCAACAACAACAACAACAACAACAACAGCGAAGUGACAAUGCGUUCCAAGUCGACGACGGGCGCAGCCACGCUGCAGCAUUAUCAGAAACUGCCGGAGCCAAGUUUGGAUUCGCAUUUCAACACACAGGCAGCAGGACAUACGCCUGCCUACAAGAAACUCGGAUUCGGAGCAAGACUGCAAAAGCAGAGUGCAGAGCAUAACUCAGACAAUUCGCAAUCCUCGAGAAACACACACAGCAGCAGCAGCAGCAGCGAGGUGCAACGCAGCUCCUCCGGCUCCAGUUCAUCGGGUGCGCCAGUAGCCACUGGGGCCAAUUCACCCGAUCGCCUACAGCGUCGCCGGCUUUUGCAAAUGAUCUCCAACUACGAUCAGCAGAACAAGCAGCUGCAUCGCGAACUGGCCAAGGAGAAACGCCGGCGCACCGAGGAGCUAGCCUGUGUGGUCAAGUCCCUGAUCUGCUUUGAGUCCAAGCUAAAGAAUGACAUGAAGACGGUCAAUCAGCGUCUGCUGGAUCGGGAUGCCGAAAUCUGUCGCCUCUUGCGCCAGAAUCGUGCGCUGCGCAAGCGUCUGGUUGAUCAUCAGCGGGAUGAGGGCAUGGUCGCCGACCAAGAGACCAAUGCCGACGAGGAGGAGCAUGUGGAGGAAUGCUUAGUGCUCGAGGCUUUGCAAUGCAACAAUUGCCGCAAGCAAUUCUAUGACAUUGAGCUGAGAGCCUGCGGCACACAGACCUGUGGCAAGGAACUGGGCGUCAGCGCCAAAGCUGAGCACGGCUCUUCCAGCGAUGACACUGUCUCAUCGUCGUUUUAUGGCGCCAGGCGCAGUGUGCGCUACACGAGCAAACGAACGGCGGGCACGUUUAGGGAUUACAUGCGCUCCCGGGCGAUGCACAUUGAUGAUGCGGCACUGGAGCAGCAGUCGGAGGAGAAUACGAGCAGCAUCAGUCGUGAGGACUCGCAAACCAGCUACGAGCAGCUGCAUAAUUAUGCCAGAGCCAUGGAACGUAUGCACGGCGUGAAAGCAACGCUCCAGGAUGGCGACUAUUCCGAGCACAGCAGCCUGGAGCUGGAGCAGCAGCAGCAGCAGCAGCAACGAAGGCGCAACAGUUCCGCCUCCAGUCGCAGCAGCAAGACGGCCUCCUCGGUGGCCGCACAGUUGGAGGAGGACGAUGGCAUCUUUUCGCCCACGCAGGAUGAUGAGGAUUUCGAUGAACUAGAUCCGGAGCAGGAGCAACAGCUUAUGUCACGUGGCGCUAUCAAAAUAGUGCAGCGACGCUGUGCGGAUUUCUCCGAGGCGUCACCCAAACAAAUCUAUGAGACGACCACAGACGAUUGGUAUGCCAGCGCCUCGGACCAGGAGGAGCUGAGCACAGCGCCGGCGGUGUCCAAACCAUAUGGCCAGGGCGCCGUUAAUCCCGUGCUGGAAUGCGUCAAUCAAAUACUGCUGCAACAGUCCAUGGAGGAGACAUUACGAGAGCCCACCACGCCCAAGUCGGCCCUGGCGCCCAAGGCCGCAGCCAAUCUGCCGCGACGCAGCUCGCUGAGCGGUCGCAGCGGCGCGAAUGGACGCAAGCGGGUGCAUUUUUCCACCAAGAACAGCAUGGUGCAUGUGCCCCGACACGAGGAUGAGGAGGAACAACAAAACGACGAACUGAUCUCACACUAUCAUCCAAUGGCAGCGGCAGCACCCGCUGCACCCGGUGAUACCCUUAACUACGAGAGCAUCUACAGCAAUGAGUACGAGCCGAUUGGUUCCGAGCGCGCCUCGAAUCUCUAUGUGGACAUGGCGGCCGCGUCAGCGGAUACCAAUGCCAGCAGCGCAAAGACGCCACAGAAAUUGCCACCCGCACUGCCGCCGAAGCCGGCGAAUCUGCUCAAGUUCAAAAAGUCGCUGCAUCAGCUGGAGGAGCAGCUGGAGGACGAGGGCGAUUGUGCAGUAUCAACGACAACGACAACGACCAGCGAGCCGGACUACUGUUCCAUAGCCGAGGUGGGCGUGACGAGCGUACAAAUUGUCGCCGAUGUGCAUAAGGCGCCCGAAUCGACCGAAUCGCCAACAGAACCGGCACGGGAACUGGAACUGGAACAGGAUGAUGAUGCCUGCUCGGCGACCGCCUCGCACAAGACUGAGGAAAUCGAAGAGAUUUUCGCCGACAUACCAAAGCUACCAAAUGUGGCGGCCAUCAUAGCGCCCAAGCAAUCCGCCGAUUAUCUGCUGAUGGCGCCCAAAACGCUGCGCCUCCAGCUGCCGCCCAGCACGACCAAUGCACAGACCAUGCCGUCCCAGUACAAGCGCAAGCAUGUGCCCAACAUACUGGCCGAGAUUAACAAGCGCAUGAGCUUGCCCAGUUCACCAACCACGCCCACCACGCCCAAAAGCUUGCCCACAACGCCCACAUCUAAAUCACUGCUGCAGCUGGCGGACGCAAGCGGCGGCCUUCCGCUCCAGGCCGAAUUCGAUUGGUAUAAUCUGGACGCAGAGUAUGACAGAAGCAGCGAGGCGCCGAAGAUAUCGGCAGGCGAGUGCAUGCUGGCGGAGAUCAGUGAGGACGACAAUGAAUGCUUGGUUACGGCGGCGGAUGAAUACAAUCUGGACGAAGAGUUUCAGCUGCAGCCCGAGCAGGAGGAGCAGCAAAUGGAGGAAGUGGAGCAGGAGGAGGAGGAGGAGAAGCCCAUUAAACCAGAGCCCGCCAAGGCCAAACAGAUGAAAAAGAAUCUGGCCAGUUUCGAGAAAUUCAUCGAGGGCUCAGGCCUGAGCACCAAACCCUUGCCGAGCAAACGCAAGAUUUACUUCAAUGCGCCGUUCGUCUAGAUCGCCAGUUCCCUAGAUGUACUUAUCUUAGGUAUAUCCAACCGACACUAUAUUAUGUUUACAACGAAUUUAAGUUUAUUGUGUGCUUAGUUUUUUUUAUGUGUUCCGCCUUUUUGUUUAGUUUUUUAGGUUUGCAAAGUAUUAAAAUGUUUAGAGAAUUUUCACAUGAAUAAAAGCAAAUAUAAUAAAAAUAA